GCCGUAGACGACAAUGUUUGAUCGGGAAUUAUCGCCCGAGCAUAUGCAGCACGAACGAGCCGGGGCCGCGACACACGAUUGUGACCAAUUCAGUUCAGUCGAGUCGAGUGCAACGACUCUCGCACAAGGCUAGUGUAGGUCGACAUGGACAGCUGGGCACACUUGACGCAGCAGCAAAGAGCUGCUCCUGCCUUCCGCAAAUCGGCACGGUGGCCCCUCCAGGCCAGGGCUUCGCAGGCCCCACGACCACGACUUUUCGCAGUGCGCGACUCCGAUCCAGGCGCCGAUGGAUCCGAAAAUUGCUGUGCGGUCCAUGAUGAUGCACACAUUCUCUCCCUCUGCCUUUCCUCUGGACCAUCAGCCAAACCGCACGCUCAGCUCAUAGCGCAGACGGACCACAUCUCUCUGCACCACCGGUGGCAGAUAGCGAAACACGAGAGCGCAUCGCCUCCUCCCUGUCCUGCUUGCAUCACCGCCGCCUCGGCACACCAAAACGGCAAGUGCUCGGAAGUCUGCCGCGCAGGUCAGUCUUCCCCAGAAUUUGCUGCGCGCGAGCCGCUGCGAACCGGUCACCUGUGCAGGCAGCGCCGGCCCCUCAUUGGCUGCGCCGGCCAAGCAACCCUUACCCCCCCUUUUGACCCGAGCCUCGCCCAUGGAGAAACUCCAGGGCCGAGAACCCCUCCUUGCGACCCCAUCGGCUUGGUGGUCCAGGGUCAAAGUUGCGCCAAACCCUCCCGCGGACCGGCUGGCUGACCUGCCCUAGUAUACAGUAGUAGCCUUGCGAUCCCGUCCAACUCUGUGGCCAACGUAUAGCCGCAACCUUUUUUGGCCUCGACAACUCCACCGCGGUGUGUUAUCGUGACCCUUAUCGUGGUCCCUCGCCCGCAAGCCCCGACCCGGA